AUUUUAUUACGUCAUUUUCGACAACUUAGUUAAUCAAUUAUUUCUAUUUAUUACGAAAGUUACGAGUGAAAUUGCAAACUGAAAUGUUCCUUGUUAAAUAACUCGAACGUGCAUAGUAAGAAGGAUUUUGUAGAUGGAAUUAGAUGUUGCGAUAGUAGAACAUAUAUAUGCAGGACCACCGCUUUCCUUGCUGCUGAUAAGAAGUAUCAUAAAACGCCAUCUAUAAAUUAACGAAGCAAAGGAGAUAACUCUGUAGGAACUGCCGUCAAAGGAGAAGCGAAAAUAAAAAUGGCCAACGGUUAUGCAGUAAAUAAAAAGAAGAAAAAGAAAGCACCCAGAGUUCUCGGAGAAACAAUUAGUCUGAGAGACCACUCGACUGCCAGUCUGAGAUACCUCGUUUUGACGGGCAAAAAGGUGAAGAGAAAGCGCCGCGAAUAUACAACUGACCGCAGUUUCCGGGUAGCAGCCGGCAUAAAAAUCGACCCCUGCCCCUUGAAUGAGUAUGUAACGUGGUUUUCCUGGCAAAUGGCCGUCUGUCCGUCGCGUCGCGGGAAGUCCAAAUACGAAUGGCAUCACCGCAAAACUGGCCCCGGGUACUACAGGUACCAGCUGUUCAGGGCUUUCCGCAACCAGCGUGCCAUAUACGAGGUGGGCGUGCAGGUGCCGGGCAGGUCGAGGAUCUACUCGGUGUACUACCGGGGCUGCUACUGCGGGAUGAGUGCCUCCGUAUACAAGUACAUGCUGUCGGAAGAGAGAAUAGCGGACGAGAUUGACGACAUCAUCCUCAGGAAGGGAAAGAUCUUCAUUCGGCGCGGCGUCUUGAACGACAUGAACAGCUCCAGGUACAAACUCUGCACGGGCUAUAUCAAAAUGUUCUUCUCCUAUGCCUGGAACAGCAGAAACCCUCAAACGGGACGACACAGAACGGCGUCGAGGCGCGGAUUUCAGAUAUCCGGCGCUCCCAUCCGGAGAAAACCGUCGGUCCAUGAAAAGAACAGCAGCGAGAACUCCAACGUACCGGUCGAUGAACGGUCUGACACGGAGCAACACAGAGAGAUAAAGUUAAUAUCAGUGAAUGACAGGAUUGCCAACAGCGAGGUCGUAGAAAAAUCUAGACCAAAGGGUAAAAAAGCAGGCGUAAAAUCUAGUCGAAAAAAGUCUGUCAACAGCGAACAUUCUUCACAAACAGAUGACAUCGAAAACGAGUAUUCCGAUUCCGAUUCACAAACAGAUGACAACGAAAACGAGGAUUUACACGAAUCUGAUUCUGAUAGCGCUGACAGUCAAAACUGGGCUCUGGCACAUAUGCAAAAGAGCAUCGACGAUUUAAAAAUGAUCAUAGAUCAGACAAAUCGUAUACAACAGGAUGAAGAAAAAUAUCUCGACGUCCCAAAGAGCAAGAUUGUAGAAUCUCCAGAAUCAGAUGCGCGGAGAACGAUUGAUACUGUUGGACAAGACGAAUUUGAGUCGCACAAGUAUGCUGAUCCUGGCACAGGAAACCCGGUCGCUCGAGUCAGGUUGGUGCACUCAAACCUCGAACGAGGAAGUAGCCACCUUAAAGAAAAGGAAUCGAUUUCGACUAUUUGACAGUAUACAGAGUGCUUUCACUUGAGCUUAUUCUGUCAAAACUAAACUCAAAUUAAAAAUAUCAAAAAACAUUUGCUAAUGUGAGCGGCCUGCUUUUAGAAGUGAUUGCUUUCAAUAUAAUAUAUAUAUAUAUUAUAUAUUUUUUAAUUAUUAUACAUCUACGCUCUAGUCCAUGUUCUUUGUCUAUAUUUAUUAUUAAUUAUAUUCGAAAUGUAAUACUUUUUUUUUUGUAUUACCCUACAAUUGUGUGUUUUACAACAGAUGUACAAUGUAUGUACAUGUAAUGAUAUAUGGAAUUAAAUUA